CAUGGGUGCAUUAUUUCUUAUAUGAUAGUCCGAUCCAGUUUGGGGUCAAAUUUCAAAGCCUGCUAAACCAAGGAGUUGAUUAAGCCAAUCUGGCAACCCUGUUGGGAUUAGUUUAGCUGAAGCGCUGCAUCGUUUCAAACCGAAGUGGAGACGCUGAGUGGAGCUCUGUCAAACUUUUUCUCACUGAAGAAACUAAAAGCCAACUAUGUUGAUUUUUCAUUAGUAGUUCGGUGUUUCCUUCUGUACUUUUAAUUGUAUUUGAAGACUCUGAGCACUGUAGGUCGGGCUGAGGACCAGCUUUUCGGCGUUUUUCUCCUCUGGUUUAUCGAUUACAGGAGCUCCACGUCGUCCCAAUGACUUCAGGACCAUAGCUGAUUUCCUGCUUUGUUUUGGACGUCCUUCUGCAGUUAAAAUGGCCGAUGCGGACGGGCUUGUCUCUGAUGAGACGGCAAAAAGCCCUGAAGAUCCAUGUCUGUUAGAAAUUGUCAGGAACUAUGAAAUUGUCCCAGCUGUUAUCUCAUCUACAUGCUGCCUUUUUGGAAUCAUCUACUGCUUUUUUGGUUAUCGCUGCUUCAAAGCCAUCAUGUUCCUGUCGGGUCUGUUGUUUGGCUCUGUGAUUAUUUUCCUGCUGUGCUAUAAGGAGCGAGUGUUGGACACACAGCUGAGCAUAGAGGCAAGUGCUGGCAUUGGCCUGGGCAUUGGACUUCUGUGUGGCCUCGUCACUAUGCUAGUGCGCAGCGUUGGCCUCUUUAUGACUGGAAUCCUGCUUGGCCUGCUCCUUGCCAUCGCUGGGCUUUUGCUCACACACCAGCUGUACACACCCAACACCCUGUGGGUACCUGUAGGUGUCCUCCUUGGCACUGGCAUGCUGUGUGCCGUUUUAACUCUUCAGUGGCAGAAGCUUUUCACAAUCAUCUCCACAGCUGUGUUUGGCGCUGCCAUCAUGACAGUGUGUGCUGAUUACUUUGUGGAGUUGCUGAUGCUGGUCACACACAUUUAUGACUGUCUGCGUCUCACCCGGUCUGCACCUCUGUGCUGGUUCAGUUGGGUCAUUCUGGGCAUAUGGCCUAUGCUGAGUAUUAUGGGAGCAUUAGUGCAGUGGAAACUCACAGCUGAAGGUUUUUCUCACACUGAAGUGAUCAUAAACAGAAGACAGAGGAGGUUGCAGCUGAUGAGAAUAAGACAGAAAGAUGUGAAAAAGCUGCAACUGUCUGCAGGUCAGGAGGGGACGUAUCGCCGUAAACCAACUCCUGUUAAACGCUACGCUGGAGAUCUUCUAGCUCCAAGUUACCUCCAGACACUCCGGGAGCGUCAAAUGGGCACCGGCACAUCCGUGAGCAGCCUUAGUACCGCUAACCAUACCAUGGUGGAUAUGGAUUAUGAUACUGGAUCUACAGUUCCACUCACACAUACCACAGCAGCAUCAUGCACCUGAAUAUGAACUGCGUUCCUCAGUGGUUAUCGGACUAGCUGUCCAGAUUUGAAGAAAACAAGAUUGUGUGGUACUUCAUAGUAAAUUCAGAUGGUAUGACUGAGAUUUUGGUCAGGUCCAAAACUCAACUGUAAGAACAGUUUUUUUUUUUUAUUACUUUUAAAACUUUAAUACAGUUUUGUCUGAUUCAAAUUAAGGCUUCAUCAUUGAUUCUUAUUAGACACUGUCUUAUUAAUUGAAAGCAAUAGGAGUGAGUAGCAUCGACAGAUAAAAAUCUGUACAUGGUGUGUGACCAGUUGUACAUUUAUAUUUUACACAGUGGAUUUUUUUCACCACUGGUGGAACAGAACUGCUCAGCUCUGCCCCGUUUCAGCAGGAAUGUAUUUGUGAUUUCUGUGAUGUUUGUAGAAAAGGUGAGCAGUUGCAAUUUAGCUUACAGACUACAGAGGGCUCUAUAACAUCAAAAGAUUGAAGUAAGUAUCUGAUCUUGAAGACAUAGGACCCUCUGUUUAAAACUGUGUGACAGGUUUUUUUUUAUUUUUUAUAAAGCCUAUGGGUUUAAAAAAAAACAGUCCUGGAUGGACUUGAACUCUGGACCUAAUUGUAGGGAGAAAUAGGUUUUUCAUAUUCAAAUUGUUAGGACUUCAUUAGAUCACUCUAUCUGGAGUGUAAAUGGACUUUUAAUAUCAGUUGGCAACUAAUAACCAACAAACCAAUUAAACAGUAUUUAUUUUUUAGAAUGGCAUGCCAUCACAAUAUUUACUUUCAACCUGCUACUUAUUACAUGCUAUUGGGAUAAUUAGGUUUGGUAAAACAGUUCCUGUAUUUCCAUGACUAUAAGAUGCUUUCUUGAUUCCCAUUGCACAUAUUGUGAUUUAUACGGUGAAGUGAUAUUCUUAAAGUUAUUUGACCAAAUUGUACCCAAAUAAAAAAAAACUCAAUUCAUUUAAUUAAUAAGAGAAUUUUAGUAAAGUGAAUAUAAUUAUCGUGUUCAUCUCAUUUAAGCAAAUACUACAAAAUGUUUGACUGAGAACAGUGAGCUAUGGAAGUUUUUUUUUUUUUUCUCCGUCAUGUUAGUUUACACUCAGGUAAGCAGUUUUUAUGAAGUAGGAAACUUGUUACGCUGACAUGAUUUGUGGAUCAGUUACAGCUACCGAGAUUAACGCACUAUAAACAAAUGUAACGUACACCAACAUGCUUUAUAACAAAACAACCUUCAAUAUUGCAGGCAGUGUAAAGUGCAUAUUAUACUCCGGGAAAUACAGUAUUAGUAAAUUCGAUAAUGUAGGAGAAAGUGAUGUGAAUGUGUGAAAAGAUGGAGGGCAUCUAGGAGAUACAUUAAAAUCUAGGAUUUCUCUCUCUGUUCCUCCUGCCUGAAAUGUCUACCUUAUUGGUAAUAUUUGUUUGAGAGAGAGAGAAUACACACACAAAACAUGCAUCUGGGAUAAUGUUUAUGACUCUGUUUGAAAUCCUUCGGAGAAUUGUGGAAUGACUCGAUCAUUUUGUGUCUCUACAUUUUAUUUUCUUUCGAUCUGUGGGUUUGUACAAUAGUGUAUAAUUGAUUUACAUGUCUAUUAGUGUUGAUCAAAUGCAUUUGUCAUUUUCCACAAACGUUGUUUUGUGAACUGUUUGAUCAGCUCGUUUUUAUUUUAUUUUUAAGGGCAGUGUCUGGACAUGAGUGCAAAAGAAAUGUGGAAUCUGCAGUACAGUUAUUACCUGCUUAAAAUAUUUGUCAAACUAAUUUCUCAUCUUCCCAUUUUUUUUUUUUUAAAACCAUAGGAGCUGCUUGUAUCUCUGUUUUUAAUGUAAUGAGAUGUUAGUAGGAGAUGUGAGUUUCUGCACUUAAAGCUGUGUUUAUCAGUGCCUUCAGGUCAGAUGACUCUAAACGACCAGUCUUUGCGCUUUCUGUGUUUUUGUUCUGGUCUGAGUAUAAGAUGCUUCCGUUAUCCCUCUAGAAAAUGACCCUUUUAUGAUUUAACACCAGGUUUUACUUUUGUUUUUGGGACCCGUUCAAUAUGUCUGAACAUGUCAUUUCACUACCAUUAAAAAUAAUCUGUACACAAUAAUCAAAUUGUUUACUGUAAAGAAAACUAAAUAUACUAGACACUUUACAUUAAUCUCAGUCUUGGUUUGUAUUGUAAAUAUCUGUAUAAUUUAAUUCUUGCUAGUUUAGCAUGACUAUACUUUAUUUGAUUGAUUCAAGAAAAGUUAUCCUUCAGACAUUUUUUAUGUACCAAUUAUUAUAUAAUAUUUUAUUAUAUAAGAUUGUGAUCUCAUUUCUUUUUGUAAGAUCUUAUUCUGGUAACACUAUGGUAGAAACUGAGACAAGAAACGUGACAAAUGUGUAUGUGAAAUAAAAUUUGAUUUGAUUUGAUUUGAAA